AUUUUAGGACCACCAGACUCGCUUCCUUCAGCAAAGGCAAAGGAGGUGUGGUUGGUGUGAGGCGGCCAGCGCUUAGGGCUGAGAUCUCCCACCGAGACACCUUCCCCGUUGUGCAGAUGUAGCAUCGCUCUUUGUGUUUGUUUACGUUGUUUCUAAAGAACAGUAAUUUAUCUGGGGGGGGUGGGUGUGAAAAUGCUGAAAUACAAGUUUUGACACAAAAACCCCGAGACUGACCCUACAGCUCGGGAACCGAGAGUGGGAGGGGAGAGACAAAGACACGGGUGCGGAGCGUGUCCUGACCUGUCACAGCGAGGCAAGACUCGACUCGAUCGUUUCACUCGGUGCGAGUGGACAUAUCUUCCAAUAGGGAUAUUUUCUUACCCUCGGUUGGAAAAAAAAAAUGUUGCCGUGCAAGUGAGCGAACGUCAAGUUUCCUGUGAAACUGAAGGACAAUCUGCGAUGAAAACUUUUCAACUAUUGUCUGAGGCUGACGGUGAAGAGAUCCCGAAGAUCCAGCCGGUGCUCAAAGGAACCCGGUUUUGGUUCGUAGGUGAUGUGAAAGCAAAACCGAGGGAGGUCCUCACCAGCCUUUGAGAAAGCGCUCUGUGGAAUUGCUUUGAACAUGGGCAGCAUCGCGUGUCAGCUCAGAAGGGACCUGGUGGUGUGAAGGCGAUCGGAUCUGAUCUUCUUAAUUUGUUAAAUUAAGAGUUACAGGCACAGUCUCGGGGAGGGGGGGUUGUGUCAGACUUUGUAGAAAUGCCAACAAAUUCUGGUAUUCUUCAUUCCCACUGCUUUCUAUAUUUAGAGUACAUGGGGGAUUCAACUCCAUACAGUACGGCAGUUCUUCAAAAAUAGCAGCAAAACUUAAAUGACAAUCAAGUGAGCAGUAACAGGAUUGAAAUAGCAUUAAAGAUAUGGCUGAAAACGGCCAGAAGACGCUUAUUUAGCAACUUGGCACAGCAGGACCUCUUGAACCCUGGCAGACCCUCUUGCAUAUCACAGGGACUGUUAAAUCCGGGCACGGUGUGGGGAAGCAUCUGAUUCCUGAUGGAGUUGAGAGGUCUCAGACCUCUGAAGUCACUUUGAAGAGCUAAAGUAGCCUUGAUGAUUUAGAAAGAGGAUUGCCUGGUGUAUCUGUGGAGGAAUAACAGAGAUUGAUUCUUGGGAGGCUCUGGGACAUUUGAAAGUGAUUUGGAGAGAGCAAAGUCCGUGUCUGAUGGAUACCGAACUCAAGACAGCGUGUGUUGUGCAGCAGGCUCCCUCCCCGGGAAUGAAGUGCCCUCCUUCAGAGGAGUUGCCUCCUCAGAUAAGACAAUCUGAAAAGAUACCACCAGUGAAGCCUUGCUUCAAGAAGAAGCAGCAAGUGCAGAAGAGACUGGACACAGAAACUCUCAGGGCUUUGCGGCCGAUUUUUACCAGUUUGCUGGGAGCUGGGACUUUGGAUAGGGUCUUUGUACCCCGAGGCCAAAGCGGUGGUCAUAGUGACUUAUGUGAACCUGCUGUGAAAAAGAAUCUGGACCUUGGCACUUCUUGUCCCCAACCAAAAAUCGUGUCACAAAAUAAUGUGACUGUGCUGAUGCCAACAGCUCCAGAAGUGCAGAGUCAAUUGCCAGUAGCUUGUCCUUCUUCUGGACAUCCAGAGCAGAAUGUCCAGUCAGGAGAGCAAGGUUUCUCACAAGAAACUACUCCUCGAACUGCUGCUGAUAACAGUAAUGAAUCAUUCCAGGAUCAUCCUUUGCACCCAACUGCUAGUGAUGGCACCACUUGUCCUUUGUUCCCAGACAAGAUUCUGGAAAGGUACACAUUUGACAAGGUUCUGGAAAGGUACACAUUUGAGAAGGUUCUGGAAAGCUACACAACUGGCUUAUUCCGAGAGGAUACCCGUCCAGUGCAUUACAAUUUGAACCCAAGCAAUAAAUUCAAUGCUGGGAUAUUCCAGGAUAAAAGUGAAGAAGCUUCUCUUGAUCUGGUAUUUGAGCUCUUGAACCAGCUGCAAUAUCACACCCAUCAGGAAGACGGAAUAGAAAUAUGUGUGGAUUUUCUCCAGGGCACUUGUGUUUAUGGCAAUGAUUGUCCCAAACAUCACACAGUCUUGCCUUAUCACUGGCAAGUGAGAAGCACAGCAACCCAGAGUUGGCAAAGUGUGACCAAUGAUUCCCAGGAGCAUCUGGAAAGACUCUACUGCAACCCUGACAACGAUAGGAUCAAAGUGAAAUAUCGGGGACAUGAGUUUUGGGUGGAUUUGAAUCUUAUGAAAUUAUAUGAAACUGUUGAGUUUGACCAAAUGCGACGACUGUCCACACCUUCCUGCCCCAGCUCCAGCUCCAACUACUACACGGUCUGGAAAUACUUCUGCAGGGACCACUUUGGCUGGAGAGAAUACUCCGAGCCUGUUGUAAGAUUGAUAGAAGAAGCCACCUGCCGGGGUCUGAAAGAGGUUCGUUUUUUUACCUGGCAUAAUCAGUAUAUCUUAAACAUCAAAGACGGAUUCCAGCAAAACGCGAGUUUCAGAAGAGAGAUCAAGAGGAGACCCCUUCUUCGGUCAUGCGUUGUGCUGAUGCCAUUCUUACAGACCUUAAGUGGAAAUUCUCCAGUCCCCUCUCCAUCUGCUGAACCAGCUUCCUCGCAGGUCUUAUCUCCAACUGCUGUUACCUCUCCAAACUUCUACCCUGAAACCUGGGUUAGUAUGGAUCCAUCUCAGGACUUCAUCCAAGUGCCUGUUCUGAAGGAGGAUAAAAGCUAUAGAACCAUUUAUAACCUGUUUCACAAGACCGUGCCAGAGACCAAAUAUAGAAUUUUGAAAAUUCUGAGAGUGCAGAAUCAGUUUCUUUGGGAGAAAUAUAAAAGGAAAAAGGAAUAUAUGUCCAAGAAAAUGACUGGGCUCGACAGGAUAAUGAACGAAAGGCAUUUGUUCCAUGGCACCUCCCAGGAUGUGGUGGAUGGUAUCUGCAAGCACAACUUCGACCCGCGUGUCUGUGGGAAGCAUGCCACCAUGUUUGGACAGGGCAGUUAUUUUGCCAGAAAGGCAAGCUAUUCCCAUAACUUUUCCAAAAGGUCACCCAAAGGAGUUCAUUACAUGUUCCUGGCAAAAGUACUGACGGGAAGGUACACGGUGGGUAACCACACCAUGAGGAGACCUCCGCCGGUGAACCCUGGCAGCAUUACCAGUGACCUCUACGACUCCUGUGUGGACAAUUACUUUGAGCCACAGAUUUUUGUUAUUUUCAAUGAUGAUCAGAGCUACCCAUAUUUUAUUAUCCAAUAUGAAGAAGUUAGCAACACUGUCUCCAUUUGAAAACUUGUGCUGCUAAAUUAUUAUUCAUUUUAAUAAACUCCCUUAUCUGACAUUGGUAGCAGUUUAUGUGGAAUAAAAUUUGGACAUUAUGGAACUGGUUAAAUUACUUGUUUGGAAGGAACUAAAUCUCAAAAUAUAGAAAAGAUCUGAAGUGACCAAUUGUGCACUUGCUGUUUGAUUAUGUAUGUGCAAAUUGUAAAUAUUUUUCCAUUGUUUAUAGUUGAAAAUCUGUGCCUUUUGUUAUAAAACACUGUUUAUUUAUGUUAGUAAAUAUUCAUGUUUAA